AUGAAUGUUCCUUAUAAAGGAGGGAGAGGGAGGUCUCAGCUUAAACGAGAUGUCAUCUCAGUUGAGCAUCGUUAUCUUGUUGAUAUAUUUAUUUCUGCAAUUGAUUCUCAAAUACAAGAGAUGAACAUUAGAUUCAAGGAUGACAUGGUGGAGUUACUCAGGCUUAGUUUUGCUUUAGAUCCAAUGGAUGAUUAUAAAUCAUUUUGCAUGGAUGAUAUAUGCAAGCUUGCAAAUAAAUUUUAUUCACAAGAAUUCACGGAGCAAGAAAGGUUGCACUUGAAAGGCCAAUUAGAACAUUUUGAAUUAGAAGCUAAAGGGAGCCAUGAAUUGAGACACGCAUCAACAAUUUCAGAACUUUUUCAAGUAUUAGCAAAGACUAAAAAGUCAAUUAUUUAUCCUCUCCUUGAUCAACUUGUUCGUCUUGUUUUGACUCUUCCUGUUUCUACUUCGACCACAGAGUGGGCUUUCUCGGCCAUGAAGCUAGUGAAGACUCACUUGCGUAACAAAAUGGAAGAUGAUUUUUUGUUGAGCUACUUAAUAAUAUAUUGA